AUGAGUGCACGCACACCGCCGAUUACUGUGUCGCCUCCGCAAAGACUCCCUGGCCACAGCAUGACCUACGCAACCGCCGCGCCCGCCACCGCUGGUGGAAAUGCAAACUCGCCGCCUGUCUGCCAGAACUGCACGACGAGCACCACACCGCUCUGGCGACGCGAUGAGUCCGGUUCCGUGCUGUGCAAUGCCUGCGGCCUCUUCUUGAAGCUGCACGGUCGUCCGCGGCCCAUCUCCCUCAAGACCGAUGUUAUCAAAAGUCGAAACAGGGUCAAGACGGGCGGGCCUGGCGCUCGCAAGAAGCCUGGUGAGAUGAACGGUCUCCCUGCCGCGCACCCCGACGCCGAUGCCUUCCAGGGUCUCGCGCAGCACCGUCGUGCAUCCGGCAAGAUCUCCUCGGGCAUGUCCGAUCGAUCACAUUCGCCAAUCUCGCGCACUGGCACUCCCGGCUUCCCCCACCCAUCCAACAUCGCUCCCCAGCACAUGUUUGACGGUGCUCUACAUGGCGAUUUCCACUCGCCUUCUUUGCCCAACUUUGGCUUCCGGCAACCCUCUCCCGGUGCCAUGUCCCUGUCGAACGGCUCUCAUAUGGAAGCUCCACCGCCAUAUGACACGCUAGCAGCGCAAAAUACUGCCCUGAAGACGCGCGUAUCCGAACUGGAACUCGUUAACGACCUGUUCCGGGGGCGUGUCACUGAAUUGGAGUCAAGCGAGCAAGCUGCACGAGAACGGGAGUCGCAGAUAAGGACCGAGCUGGAGGAGGCCAAGCAGCGGGAAGCGGACCUGAAAAGGCGGUUGGACGAGCUAGAAGGCGAGGGUGCUGAGGGCCCGCGGCACAAGAAAAUGCGUCUUAGCGACCUUGUUGACGAGAGCCGUGCCGGCUCUCCGAUCAGCUCUCUGACGGAGUGA